ACCUGGGGCCCAGCUGGAAGGGGAAAGGGUUGAGGAGCCGGGCCUGGGACUGGAGGAUCCACGUCUAGUGGGGUGCCGAGGCAGCGGGGACACCUGGCCGAGCUCUGCUACCAUCUCGCCCCGUCCUCUUUCCAUUCCUCGCGCCGCUAGCCCCAGACUCCAAGGCCCUCUUAUCCUUGUGAGCUCUGCCCUCGGAUGUCCGACCGCCUAGAGCCUGCAUGCGCCGUGGGGCGCCCCAGGACCAGGAGCUGGUGGGUCCGGGGGCCCCUGGGCGGGGGCCCCGGGGCUCCUCUCCUUCCUCAGGACCCGUUGUCCCGGUGCUCGUCUUUCCCCCGGAUCUAGUAUUCAGAGCGGACCAAAGGAGUGGACCCCGGCAGCUGCUGACCCUCUACAACCCCACGGGAACUGCGCUUCGCUUCCGAGUUCUGUGUACAGCACCUGCCAAGUAUACGGUAUUCGAUGCAGAAGGAUAUGUGAAGCCGCAGUCUUGCAUUGACAUUGUGAUCCGGCAUGUGGCCCCCAUCCCCAGCCACUAUGAUGUCCAGGACCGGUUCCGAAUUGAGCUGUCUGAGGAGGGGGCUGAGGGACGAGUGGUUGGCCGAAAAGACAUCACCUCUGUUCUUCGGGCGCCAGCGUACCCCCUGGAGCUUCAGGGACAUUCUGAGCCAACGCCCAAUCCAGGGCCUCCUGUGUGGACAGGACCAACCCCAGCCAGACACCUUCAGGAGAGUCCUCCCCAGCAGCUGGCCACCAGCUCCUUCCUGCUCUUCUUGCUGACAGGCAUCAUCUCCGUGGCCUUCCUGCUGCUGCCCCUGCAGGACGAGCUUGGCAGCCAGCUGCCUCAGGUUCUGCAUGUGUCCCUGGGACAGAAGCUGGUGGCAGCGUACAUCUUAGGCCUCCUCACCAUGGUGUUCCUCCGGACCUGAGCUCCCCAGCUGGACCCACCCUCUCCUUCGCAGGCAGGGACCUGAGGCAGCCACUGUGAUGUUUGCACCUUGCCCCUUCUCCCUUUUUUCUGCCCAUCCGUCAGUUUUCAUCCUGCCCGGCACCAGACACCCAGGGAUUUAUACUCAUUUUCCAAGUUGAAUAAAAUAAGUUUUAAAAAUCAAAAUGGGAAAUGUAGGAUGCUUGUCCUGGGCUUGUGUGUGUGUGUGUAUGUGCGUGUGUGUGUGUGUGUGUGUGUGUGUGUGUGUGUGUGUGUGCUUAUGCAUGAGGCCCGAGAUCUCUAUGUCAGAUGUCUUCCAAGCGCACGUACAUGCAAGCACAGAGAUGGAAAGACAGCCUUCAGAGCUGAUUUUCUCCUUCCACCAUGGGCAUUCCAGGCGUUGGUCUCGGGUCCUCAGACUUGGUGGCAAGUGUCUUUACGCACUGAGCCAUUAUCCGGUCUCCUGCAUCUCACUUUUGGAGGUAAGGACUCUCACUGAACCUGGAGCUCAUCGAUUGGCUGGGUUCCCUUAGCAGUAAGCCCCGCCUCCCCAGCCCCGAGGUCACACAUUCACAGAACUGCACUGUUAAUCAUCAACUUGACAGCUCCUAGAAUCACCUGGGAGAGAGGAGCUGGGCAUCAAGAGGGGAGCUGGGCAUCAAGAGGGUGGUCCUGAUUCGGUUCCCUGGGGAGGGAUGAGCCCCCCCCCUCCAAGUCCCAUAUGUGGGCUGCACCAUUUUGUGGGUUUGGCUCUGGGGAAUGAACAGGAGGAGAGGAAACUGAGCAACGUGUUCAUUACUUUGACAACAGAUGUAGUGUGACCAGUUGACCUCAAGCUGCUUUGACUUCAGGAACUGUGAGCUAAAACAGACCCACUCUUCCUUACGCUUGUGCUGGCGUAUGUCAUCCCAGGAGCAGGGGAGAAGCUGAGACAGCGUGGGUGCUGGGGCUCAGCUCAGGUCCUCAGGCUUGCAUGACAGGCACAGCAGGGGCUGACCGUUUCCCUAGCCCUCCCCACUUUUUCUUUUUAAGAUUUUUUUUUAAAGAUUUUAUUAUGUACACAGUGUUCAGCCUCCGUGCCUGCAGGCCAGAAGAGGGCACCAGACCUCAUUACAGAUGGUUGUGAGCCACCAUGUGGUUGCUGGGAAUUGAACUCAGGACCUUUGGAAGAGCAGUCAGUGCUCUUAACCUCUGAGCCAUCUCUCCAGCCCUUAAGAUUGUUUUUAAUAUUUUUUUUUAAACUUUGGUUUUUUGACCAGGCUGGUCUUGAACUUUCCACUUGAACUCUCAUGUCCUACCCCUGUUGUGGCAAUUCAUUUCACCAAUAGCUUUUGGGGUACUGGCCUUAGGACAUGGUUUCUAUGUGCGGACAUGAUCUCCUAAAAGGGAGAAGUGGGGCCUCUCUCACUCUUUUGGGAGGUCGGAGUAGAAGCAAGCUUGGUACCAUAAAUUAGAUUUUUCUGUGCUUGGUAAUUUUUUUUUUUUAUUUGCAUGGCCAAUUACUGUUUGUAUUCUACAAGUUUGUUUUAAUAUCCCUUUAACAUGUUCUAAGCUUCUGUAGCACAGGGAAUAAAAGCUGCAAGACUGCAAACUUCCUUCAACAGCCACGCCCACAACACCUAACCGUGAAACAGAUGUAAUGAAUGACAACAUCACAAAGGGAAUACUAGGUUCCACCAUUCAACAGUGUCAUGACAGUGUCUUCAGGGUUCAGUUGAAGAGGGGUAAACUUCUUUUUUAAAAAGAGUCCGUCUGCUUUCCCCUUGGUUUUAUAAGGUCGGCGGUUUUAAUCCGUACUUCUUUGCUACUUCUGUCUGGGCAUGGGCAGCAUCACAAAGUGAAUACAGAUGAGCCAUCUCCAUUUCCGAUUUGGCCAGGUUGAUAGCUUUGUUGAACAUGUCAAUGGCUUUCUCCAUGUUUCCUCU